UUCUAGUUCUACUGUUCCAGAGUACACCGAUCAAAACACCAUUGUAGAUUCUCACCUCCAUAGAUUUUCCUUUCAGAGGUUGAAGAAGAAGAGAUGGGAGAUUAUCACUUCGUGUACAAGGACGUGGAAGGCGCAUCAACACAAUGGGACGAUAUUCAGAGGAAAUUGGGGAAUCUACCGCCAAAACCCCCUGCCUUCAAGCCUCCAGCUUUCACUCCUGCUCCAGAUCCAGAAUCCCUCCCCAGAGACCGAAAUUGGCUCGAACAGAAGACGGAAGAAGAGCUCGAGUACCUUCAAGACGAUCCCGAUCUCGACGACGACCGAUUCCUCGAAGAAUACAGGAAGAAGAGGUUGGCUGAGAUGAGAGAAUCAGCAAUACAUCCCAAGUUUGGAUCAGUGAAUCCAAUUUCGGGGUCAGAUUUUGUGCGGGAGGUUUCGCAGGCACCUUCUGAUGUUUGGGUCGUUGUGAUUCUCUUCAAGGAAGGGAUCCCUGAAUGCGAGUUGCUGAUGCGAUGCAUAGAAGAAUUGGCAACACGAUACCCGGGCACAAAAUUUGUUAAAAUAAUAUCAACAGAUUGUAUUCCUAACUACCCAGAUCGUAAUCUUCCAACUCUGUUAGUGUAUAACAAUGGUGCUGUUAAAGCAAAUCAUGUGGGCUUGCGUAGUUUUGGGCGGAGAUGCACACCUGAAGGUGUAGCAUUUGUUCUAUGUCAAUCAGAUCCUGUACUUGACGAUGGUCAGAACAAAAGUGAUUCAUCAAGAAAAUCUGUGAUAGAAAGCGUUCGAAGGAAGAUAAUCGAGAAAGUAGUUACAGAACAUGAAGACAAUGACGAUGGAUCUUCAAGUGAUUAGACAUCUACGAAUUUUCUUCCGGUUUUGUGUGACUGAAAUAGUUCUUUUAAAUCAUGUUUAAUGGAUGCUUAGCAGUUGCUUUGUAUUGCUUUGGGGCUUUCUUGGCUGCUCCCACAUUGUUUCUGGUUCAUCUGUGUUUGAUUGAAUGAUCUCUGCUGUGUGAUUUUGAUGUGUAAAAGAUUUAUAUUCUUCAGUUAGCACAUGCAUAUUGUUUAGACAAUCAAAGCGUACAAUCAAUCUUGGAUUA